AUGGAGAAAUCGUCCGCACAGGAACGGCAGCGCGCCACGGAUAUUGGUACGGAUCAUUCAGGGGACCACGUCGACGAGGGAAACUCCCUUGUAACAGUACUUACGAGCUCUGAUGUCAACAACCUGACCUCGAGCAACACGAGUGUAAGUCGGGGGCACGAAAAAGGAUUCUUGCAAGGAGUCCUUGUAUCUCUGCCCCUAGCUUCAGCAGCGGCAGUUCUCGGUGCAGGUGGCCUCGCAGCCAUACUCUGCAUCACCCAAACCAUCUGUCCCACCACUGAGACGCAGCAAGUCAUCGAAGUUAGAACGUCCGGAGAUGUGGUUUUUAGGAACCUACCAAGACCCCCAACCCAGGUAGAAAUCGCUGGAGUGGUUGAGCAGAUUCAAAACUUCUUUGAAAUCCUCAUUGCCCGUGAACUGGGAGCAGUCGAGAAAACAGCAACCCUCCUAGCCACUGCCCCGACAACUUUUAUCUCAUAUGAUGUGAUAUCAUACUCUGAAACACUGGACAAUUUUACGGUAGCAUCGUCUUCAUCCGUGCAGGGUGAAGGGGAUUUAUCCGUAUUUUGCAACCAAACUUUGCGGGUGAAUGGGAACUCCUCUAUAAUGGUCGAGGACGGACAUGAAGUCUCACAGAACAUCAUUGACCUGACAACACAAAACCCAAACCUAACGGAUUUCUGUCUGAACUACGUGGCAAAUGCUCAACCACCGGACAGCAUCUACAGGAACAUUAGCUGCACCGAGUUGAACAUCGAUUUCACUUCCACAACAACAGAAGUGCCAUCAUCGUCACCAACAUUAUCGCCAUCAACGAGCCCCAGUUUUUCGUCUGAACCUUCAACUCAGCCAUCUACAAAGCCAAGCAUAUCUGCACAGCCCAGUGCCUCUGCAUCUCCUACCCUAUCGGCACAACCUAGUAGCUCGUCGCCUCCUUCUGCUUCCGCACAACCAACUUUGUCAGCAUCUCCUUCACUAUCGGCACAACCAACUUUGUCGGCACUCCCUUCACUAUCCAUUGCUCCUUCUGCUUUGGCACAGCCAACUAUGUCGGCACACCCUUCCCUAUCCACGGCUCCUUCUGCUUCUUCACAACCAACUUUGUCGGCACUCCCUUCCCUAUCCACGGCUCCUUCUGCUUCUUCACAACCAAGUCUUGUGGCAGAGCCCAGUACUUCUCUGUCUCCUUCAUUAUCGUUGCAACCGAGUCUUUCGGCAGCUCCAUCAGGUUUGAGUGAGAUGCCAUCUACAAAGCCCAGCAAUUCUAUAGUACCCUCCACACAGCCCAGCAAUUCAAUGCUUUCAUUGGAGCCCAGCACUUCAAUGAGACCCUCAAUACAGCCAAGCCUUUCCGAGUCACCAACGCAGCAACCUAGCCUUGUUCCAUCUACUCAGCCAAGUGGUUCUGGACAACCCAGUCUCUCGAGUGCGCCGUCGAUGCAGCCAAGUGGUUCUGCAGCACCAAGCACUUCUUCUGUGCCUUCCAUGCAACCCAGUGGGUCGGCAAACCCCAGCGUAUCGUUGGCACCAUCGUGGGGACCUUCCAAUUCCCCAUCUAGAGCUUCCGGUGGUCGUCUGGCUGCGCCGUCUUCAUCCGAACCAUCCUUGCCAUCUUCAUCGGGACCAUCCUCACAGCCUUCCAAGGCACCAACAACAUUGCAGCCUUCCAAGGCACCAGCAACCUCACCGCCUUCCAAGGCGCCAUCAACUGCACCGACGGGGGAGUCUUUCAAUUUCGAUGAUGCUCCUGAUCCGUUCCUGCUUCUCAACCACAUCACAGCGACAACCACAAAUCCCUCAGACAAUCCCUCAUCUCAACCCUCACAAUCUCCUACACGUCUUGCGCGACAGUCUGCAAGUGGCAUUUCCACCCUUGAAGACCGUGAGAAUUUCGUAUUUGAGGAUAGCUCUGAUGAGGAGAGUUUUUUCUGGAAUGAUCCAUGA